ACAUACAAAAGAAUUGUAAAACAAAAUUGUCUAUUUUUUCAAAUAAUCCAUUUUGUAGAAAUGGAUUCUGAAUAUUGGACCUCUCGGCUAGCGGCGGCCAAGCGUCAUUUCAUUCAUCACCACCAUCAAAACAACACCUCCCGUCUCUCUUCUCAUAUGGAUCGUUUAAACAUGGAUGAUUUUGUUGAUGUUGAAGAAGAUGGUCGUCCUGAUUUCCCUUGCCCUUAUUGUUAUGAGGAAUAUGAUUUGGCUACUCUUUGUUUGCAUCUUAAAGAUGAGCACCCUUCUGAGUCUAGAGUCACUGUUUGUCCCGUAUGUUCUGUCAAGGUUGCAAGGGACAUGUUAACUCAUAUAAGGAUGCAACACGGGCACUUGCUUAAGUUGCAUAGACGUCGUAGAUUACGUAGAGUUGCAGUUCCUGACAGUCAGACACUGUCUCUUUUGGGAAGAGAUCUCCGCGAGGCCCAUUUGCAGGUGCUUCUCGGAGGUGGUGCCUAUCGAUCAAGUACUGCAACCCCAUCUCCUGCAGCCACUGAUCCGCUACUUUCAUCGUUGAUUAUGAACUACCCUACUUCUGAAGCUGAAGAGAUCACAAAAGUAGUAACAUCAUGUGCUGAGGAUUCAUCUACGAAUACGGCAUCACAACAUCUAUGGAAAUCAAGUUUUGAUCCAUCAUUGAGUAUUGAAGAGCGACAAAAACGAAUUACACAGGAUGCUAGAAAAGCAAUGUUUAUGCAAGAUCUGGUUGUCUCAACUCUGUUAGUUGAGUAACCAGAGAUGCAAGUUAAUUAUGCAUAACAAACUUAGGUAGAGUUUUUCUGUGGUACAGUAAAGAGAGAACAUGGUACACUUUCUGGUUGCUUCCAUUGCAGUGACAUCUGGGCAUUGUCACAGAGCAUUUCUCUCGUCUGCCCCAAGAAGCAGAGUUCUAUUGCAUUACAGCACAAGUUGAUCAUUUUAUUUUAAAUUUUACUUCAACAAGACAGUUUAUGUUUCAAAUAUCAACAAAUGGAUUCUUAUUGGUCUUCUGACGAGGCAGGUUUAAACGAGAGAGAAACUAGAACCCUGGACAUGAUGGCAUUAUCAUCAGUAUGACGAUAAUUCAUGUCUUGAAACUAGAAAGAUUACCUAUAUAAGAUCAUAAAAGGUUAGCCCACACAAUUUGUUGUAUAUUUUAUUUUAUUGGAUCAAAUUUCAUAAUAAGAUUAUGUACUUUCUCAGUAG